CCAACACUAGCGGAGACAACAGAAUCAAGUCACGAGUGGACCACCUAUGGCUCACCGCUGCCGCUUUUUUUUCCUUCUCCACUUUACCCGUUUGCUUGAAAUUAUCUUGUGUCUUUUCACGUCACGAGAUGUGGACGCCGUCUCCGUUUGUGUUGCUGCUGUUUGGCUCCUGGCCGCCUGUGACCACUGUGGGGCAGCGGGAGGGCUGGCAAGUGUUUGAUUCUGCCCAGGAUGCCGCCGGCCGCUGUGUGUGCACGGUAGUGGCACCCGGGCAAAGUCUGUGCUCCCGGGAUGCCAAAGAACGCCAGCUGCGACAACUCCUGGAGAAAGUCCAGAACAUGUCUCAGUCCAUGGAGGUUCUCAAUUUGCGUACUCAGCGGGACUUUCAGUACAUCGUGAGGAUGGAGAGCCUCAUUAAAAGUCUGCGCUCCAAGUUCAGACAGAUGGACUCUGACAGGACGACGCUGGCCAGCAAAAACUUCCAGGAGAUGAAGGAGAAGAUGGACUCACUCCAGCCACUGAUCCCCGUGCUGGAGCAGUACAAGACGGACGCCCAGAUCGUUUCCCAGUUCAAGGAUGAGAUCAGGAAUCUGUCGGCCGUCUUGCUGACCGUGCAGGAACAGAUGGGAACAUUUGACUAUGACAAGCUCAACAAGAAAGUCCUCAACUUGGAAACCCGCCUGAGGAGUUGCAUGAGCAAACUCACAUGCGGCAAGCUGCUGAAGAUCAGCAGCCCGCUCACAGUGAAGACCUCCGGGACCAGGUUCGGCGCAUGGAUGACAGACCCGCAAGCUUCUCCUGAAAACAUCAAAGUUUGGUACAUGGACGGCUACACCAACAACAAGAUCGUCAAGCAGUACAAUUCCAUGGCGGACUUUGUGUCCGGCGUGGAGUCUCGCACACACGUCUUGCCCUUCAAGUGGGCGGGCACCAACCACGUGGUAUACAACGGCUCGCUGUACUACAACAAGAUGCAGAGCAACAUCAUCGUGCGCUACAGCCUACAGACGGCCCGCGUGCUGACCCAGAGGGCGCUGGACUCAGCCGGCUUCCACAACGUCUACCCGUACACGUGGGGCGGCUUCUCCGACAUCGACCUGAUGGCCGACGAGCUGGGCCUCUGGGCCGUCUACGCCACCAACCGCAACGCCGGCAAUGUGGUUCUGAGCCGCUUGGACCCAGACACCUUGCGGCCGCUCGCCACCUGGAACACAGAGUACUCCAAGCGCAACGCCGGCGAGUCUUUCAUGAUCUGCGGCACGCUCUACAUCACCAACUCGCAUUUGACCGGCGCCAAGGUGUACUAUGCCUACUCUACCCGGACGUCCGCAUACGAGUAUAUCGACAUCCCAUUUCACAACCAGUACUUCCACAUGUCCAUGCUGGACUACAACGCCCGCGAGCGAGCGCUCUACGGCUGGAACAAUGGACACCAGGUGCUCUUCAAUGUCACGCUUUUCCACAUCAUCAAAACCGACAGCGACGCCUAAACGCAGACAUUUUGUGGUGAUAUGGAUUUUUUGAGUCCAAUACCGAUAUUUGGCAGAGUAAUGAAUAAUCUGCCGAUUAAUUGGAAAUAUGUUAUUCCUGUUCUUUAUUAAACAUAAUAUUGUUAUUCCUCACAGUUUUUGUCCUGCAUCUGGGCGGCCUAGGUUUGAUUCCCGGUUAGGGAACCAUAUGUGGGUUCCACAUAGGUGGAAGAGUGUGGGGUAAACUCACUUGUGCAUCGAAGGGUUAAAUGACGGCUGGCCAUUUUUGAAUAUACAUAUAAAGCGUCUACUGUUUUAUUUGUGGUGAAUAUAAAAUCGUGAUCUGCACUUGUCUACACUGCUUUCUCAGAAUGAACAUAGCAUUACAUAAUCAAAUCUUAAAUAUACAGCAUGCACUUUCAUUUGUAAAUGUCAUUUACAUAAAAAUGGGAUAUGCAAACAUCCAUUAAAAACACCACAUCUGUA